AUGAAUAUAUCGGAACAAAGUUUUUUCAAUAAAAUUACUGCUACGACAACAACGACGACUUGUUUGUUCUUUCUCUUAAUUUCUUUUUCCACUACUACUAUUAUCUUCUCCUCCGGCGACAGGGAAGCCGCUUUUGUUAUCCCCUUUUUUUUAGCCGCCGCCGUUGUGGUGGCCGGAUUCGUUGUUCUGGCCGUCCGGACCACCGUUGUGACGUGGAUUACGGUGGUAGUACUCCUAGCUUUCGUCGGGAAACGACGCCGUAUAUUUGCAAAGGAUGGGAAGAAAAUUACGUCGGAGGUGGUAGUGUAUGUGGUGAAUGAAGUGAUUAGGGAGAAGGGAAUUGUUGCUAUUUCUGGAGUUAUGAUUUUGGGAUUAAUUUCAAUGUCGUUGUUAUGA